CCCGGCCGGGGAUCUCCGCCCGCCAGCCGAUCGCCCGAGCAUCCCUGCCGGCUGCCGUUAUUUAUCUCCCCGGCCCCGGUGUGGCUGCACACACUCGGCACUCUCUCGGCAGCUGCGAACGCCUUCGCCGAUCGCCGUCGCGCGCGCGCAAGAGAGAGGCAGACGCAUGGCCGGCGCGGCGGCCGACGACGCCGGGAUGGACGCCGUGCAGAGGCGGCUCAUGUUCGAGGACGAGUGCAUUUUGGUGGAUGAGCAGGACAAUGUUGUUGGCCAUGAAUCAAAAUACAACUGCCAUCUGAUGGAAAAGAAUUUGCUCCAUAGGGCUUUCAGUGUGUUCCUUUUCAACUCAAAAUAUGAGCUGCUACUCCAGCAAAGGUCCGCAACAAAGGUUACAUUUCCUUUAGUUUGGAGCAACUCCUGCUGCAGCCAUCCUCUGUACCGUGAGUCUGAGCUUAUCCAGGAGAACGACCUUGGUGUGAGAAACGCAGCACAGAGGAAGCUCCUGGAUGAGCUGGGCAUCCCAGCUGAAGAUGCCCCGGUCGACCAGUUCACCCCUGUUGGCCGGAUGCUCUACAUGGCCCCAGCUGACGGGAAAUGGAGCGAGCACGAGAUCACCCACAUUCUGUUCCUCGUCCGGGACGUGGAGCUGCGGCCGAACCCGGACGAGGUUGCCGGCGUCAGGUACGUGAGCCGCGAGCAGCUGAAGGAGCUGGUCCGGGAGGCGGACGCCGGCAGCGAGGACGGCGUGAAGCUCUCCCCCUGGUUCAGGCUGAUGGUGGACAACCUCCUCAUGGGCUGGUGGGACCAUCUCGAGAAGGGCACCCUCAGUGAGGCCGCGGACAUGGAGACCAUCCACAACCUCAAGGAGUGAAGGGCCGCCGGCCGCCGCGCCGGGGCUCCGACGACCGACGACCUUGUCGUUGCUGGAACUGGAAUGUUGGCCUUGCCUGUGGCAUGCUACGUAUGUCGUCUAAAUAAACAGCAAUAAGACGAAUUCGUCGUCGCUACACGUACACCGUGAUCAGAUUCAGAUCAAUAAGACGAAGAGCGUUCUUCCCUAA